GCAGCAGAAUUAGUCUAGCAUUCCAAAGUUGAACUUCAACGUUGAAUUCUCAGUUGCCCAGUUGAAUUUUCACAAGUAAAGCAGAACAAGUUAAUAAGUUAAAGAAGCAAUAUUGUGUGUGUGUGAUACAUAUUAUUGUUAAACUAAUUAUAUUUCUUCAACAAUGGGUUUUCGAGAAACGUAUAAUUAUUUGUUUGUAGAACUAUCGUGCCCAGAAACUCGCGAAUGGUUCGUAUCCUCGCCGUUUCUACUAUUGCUGUUAAUACUCGGAUAUGUAUAUUUUAUUUAUUAUGCUGGUCCUCGCUACAUGAAAAAUCGACCGCCAUAUAAAUUAAAAACCUUUAUGUUAAUUUAUAACUUACUUCAAAUUCUGGCGAAUAUAUGGGCAAUAAAAUUACAUAUAGAUAUGGGUUGGUUUUCACAUAUUACAGAAUUCAGUUUUGCAAACUGUAUGACAAACUAUGCAAACUACUUGGAUGCGACUAAACUAUUGGGUCUGGCAUGGUGGUUACUUUGCGUGAGAGUGUGUGAUUACAUUGAAACCUGCAUAUUUGUGUUGCGAAAGAAACAAAACCAGGUCUCUGUUUUGCACGUAUACCAUCACAUAACUAUUAUAAUGUUCGGCUGGUAUUUUUUAAAGUACGUUUUGGAUGUCAGAUGUACAUAUCUAACUUUACUUAAUUGUUUCGUACAUGUAAUUAUGUAUACGUACUAUUUCAUCUCUGCAUGGAGUUCGUAUCUCAAACGGAUGGUAUCUCCCGUUAAACCAUUUAUAACUCGGUUACAGAUGGUUCAAUUUAUUUUGAUGAUAGUACCUGCGGUGCAGUUUCUAGGUCCCAACUGCAAAAUAGCAGGAGGAAUAAUAGAACCAUUGUUUGUAAUAAAUGUAUGUACUAUUCUGUAUUUAUUUUAUAAUUUUUACAAGAAAACUUAUACAAUUAAACAGAAGAUUUAACA